GCAGAAAUACAAUCAAUCACUUCUUCUUCAUCUUCUUCAAACACUAACCAUUUUCAAGGCUUUUUUUCUUUAAUAAUUUGGACACAAAAGGCCUUAGCAGCCGGUGAAAAUUAUCCGGUGAUCUAAACAAUGGCGACUCCUGCAUGGAGUCAUGCCAGGGGUCAAUGGGUAAUAGCCAUGUUGGCUAUACUCGUUGGCUCGGCAAUAGCUACCGAACCUUACUAUUAUAGCUCUCCUCCACCACCGUAUGAGUAUAAAUCUCCACCGCCUCCGGUUAAGUCUCCUCCACCUCCUUAUGAAUACAAAUUUCCUCCCCCUCCGGUUAAGUCUCCCCCACCACCUUAUUACUAUCAUUCACCGCCGCCUCCGGUGAAAUCCCCUCCCCCUCCUUAUGUAUACCAGUCUCCUCCUCCUCCGGUGAAGUCUCCACCACCACCUUAUUACUACCACUCUCCACCACCACCGGUGAAGUCUCCUCCCCCUCCUUAUGUAUACAACUCUCCUCCUCCUCCGGUGAAGUCUCCUCCACCACCUUAUUACUACCACUCUCCACCACCACCCAUGAAGUCUACUCCCCCUCCUUAUGUAUACAACUCUCCUCCUCCUCCGGUGAAGUCUCCUCCACCACCUUAUUACUACCACUCUCCACCACCACCGGUGAAGUCUCCUCCCCCUCCUUAUGUAUACAACUCUCCUCCUCCUCCGGUUAAGUCUCCUCCACCACCGUAUUAUUACCACUCUCCUCCACCACCAGUAAAAUCUCCUCCUCCUUACUAUUAUCAUUCUCCACCACCUCCGGUGAAAUCUCCGCCACCACCAUAUUACUAUCACUCACCACCUCCUCCAGUGAAGUCUCCCCCACCACCAUAUUACUACCAUUCUCCACCACCACCGGUUAAAUCUCCACCACCACCUUACUACUAUCAUUCUCCACCUCCUCCAUUGAAGUCUCCUCCACCACCAUACUACUAUCACUCUCCUCCUCCUCCAGCCAAGUCUCCACCACCACCAUACUACUACCACUCUCCUCCUCCUCCAGUCAAGUCUCCUCCACCACCGUACUACUACCACUCUCCUCCGCCUCCGGUAAAGUCUCCACCACCACCGUACUACUACCACUCUCCUCCUCCUCCGGUUAAAUCUCCACCACCACCUUACUACUACCACUCUCCUCCUCCUCCGGUUAAAUCUCCACCACCGCCAUACUAUUAUCACGCUCCACCAUCACCGGUUAAGUCUCCUCCACCUCCAUACUACUACCACUCACCACCUCCUCCAGUGAAAUCACCACCCCCACCUUAUUAUUACUCAUCCCCACCACCACCAAAGUCUUACCCUCCACCAUACUACUACUACUCAUCUCCACCACCACCACCAAAGUCGUACUCGCCACCGUACUACUACUCAUCGCCACCACCUCCGAUGUCAUACCCUCAACCUCACCCACAGCUACAUCCACUUGUCUUCAAAGUUGUUGGUAAGGUGUAUUGUUACAGAUGUUAUGACUGGACUUACUCCAAAAAGUCCCACGAUAAGAAGCAUCUCAAAGGUGCUGUGGUGGAAGUGACGUGCAAGGCCGGUGACAAGACAGUGAAGGCAUACGGGAAGACAAAAAUCAACGGUAAAUACGCAAUAACCGUUAAGGGAUACAACUACCGUAAAUAUGGUGGCGAAGUCUGCACAGCCAAACUCCACUCGCCACCUAAGGGCUCGCCGUGUAACAUUCCUACAAGUUACCAUUUGGGUAACAAAGGUGCUAAACUCCAUGUGAAAUCAAAGACAAAGUACGAGGUUGUGCUUUAUGCUAAGUCCUUUUCUUAUGCACCUAAGAAACCUUACGGAGAAUGCCACAAGCCGGCUCCCUACCAUCCUCCUUACUACUACAAGUCUCCACCACCACCUUCUCCGGUUUACUACUACAAGUCUCCACCACCACCAACUCUAACUUAUGUCUAUAAAUCACCGCCUCCACCAACCCCAGCAUAUGUCUACAAAUCGCCUCCUCCUCCUACCCCAACAUACGUCUAUAAAUCUCCUCCACCACCAACUGCGACUUACGUCUACAAAUCACCACCACCGCCUACUCCAACGUAUGUCUAUAAGUCUCCGCCUCCACCAACCCCUACGUAUGUCUACAAGUCGCCCCCACCACCAACUCCAACCUACGUCUACAAGUCGCCACCUCCUCCUACUCCGACCUACGUCUACAAGUCGCCGCCUCCUCCUACCCCAACUUAUGUUUACAAGUCACCACCACCUCCAACACACACUCCUACCCCAUUGUACUACCAUUCUCCACCACCACCAGUUAAAUCUCCUCCACCUCCAUAUUAUUACCAUUCGCCACCACCACCCGUAAAAUCUCCACCACCACCAUAUUAUUAUCAUUCACCACCCCCUCCGGUGAAAUCUCCUCCUCCUCCUUACUACUACCACUCUCCACCCCCUCCGGUGAAGUCUCCACCACCACCAUACUACUACCACUCACCACCUCCUCCAGUCAAAUCUCCUCCUCCACCAUACUAUUACCAUUCACCUCCUCCACCGGUGAAAUCUCCACCACCACCAUACUACUAUCAUUCACCACCUCCUCCGGUGAAAUUUCCUCCUCCACCAUACUACUACCACUCACCACCCACACCGGUCAAAUCCCCUCCACCACCUUACUACUACCACUCACCACCCCCACCGGUCAAAUCUCCUCCUCCACCAUACUACUACCACUCACCACCCCCACCGGUCAAAUCUCCUCCACCACCCUAUUACUACCACUCACCACCUCCACCGGUGAAGUCGCCGCCACCGCCAUACUAUUACCAUUCACCACCCCCACCGGUCAAAUAUCCUCCACCACCCUAUUACUACCAUUCACCACCUCCACCGGUGAAAUCGCCACCACCGCCAUACUACUACCACUCACCACUCCCACCGGUCAAAUCUCCUCCACCACCAUACUACUACCACUCACCACCCCCACCGGUCAAAUCUCCUCCACCACCCUAUUACUACCACUCACCACCUCCACCGGUGAAAUCGCCACCACCGCCAUACUACUACCACUCACCACUCCCACCGGUCAAAUCUCCUCCACCACCAUACUACUACCACUCACCACCCCCACCCGUGAAAUCUCCUCCUCCACCAUACUACUAUCACUCACCGCCCCCUCCAAUGAAAUCUCCUCCACCACCAUAUGUUUACCAUUCACCACCUCCACCCAUGAAAUCUCCUCCUCCACCAUACUACUAUCACUCACCACCUCCACCAGUAAAGUCUCCACCACCACCAUAUUAUUACCAUUCACCACCUCCUCCAGUCAAAUCUCCUCCUCCACCAUACUACUACCAUUCACCACCUCCUCCGGUGAAGUCUCCGCCACCGCCAUACCAUUACAACUCUCCACCACCACCAGUAAAAUCUCCCCCACCUCCAGUAUACAUCUACGCCUCUCCUCCACCUCCUACCCAUUACUAGGCUCAUCAAAUUCAGCCACAUUCCCCCAUUAUUCAAGUUUUCUUUUCAAAAAUAAAAUAAAGGAAGGGUCAAUGUCAAAGAGGAGUGAACCAAAUAAGGAUUGUCGCGUGGAAACGAGAAACAAUACAUCUCUUACAACGAUUCACUUCACUUCCUCUUCUUCAAUGUCGCUCAUCUUCCACUUGUGCAUCAUCUUCUUUGCGUCUUCAUCAAGUCUGUUUCCAAGACCCUUUUUUAGAUCGUAUCAUACUCUUCUUUGUUCCCUUUUGUUGUUAAGUGAAAGAAAUGGUUUUGUUAUUUAUUGGUUGUGCAUACACUUUCAAUAUUAUUUCUGUAAUGUAAUGAGAGAGUUGUUAGCAAAUAAAAAAAGCGUUCAUCAGUUU